GGGACAUAAUCGCCUUCUCCCGUGCUUGGAUCCGCACCGGCGGGAGCAAUAGGAGAAGCGCUUCGCUCCUCGCCCGGGCACGGAUGAGCCUGGCUGGCAUUUGGCGUUUCAACCGCGCCGCGCGAGACAACCGGCAGAGCCCCAGGAGGGUUUAGUGGUGGGGAGACUAAAGCCGAGAGCGGAGAACGGACGGGCGCUGAAGGACUGGGGCAAGCAAGAGCGGCAAGGCGAAAGUAGCAGGAGUGGAGAGAGGGGGGAUGCGAUCUCGGGGCGUCCUCCCGGGCUCGGCGGCGGCUGCAGCCACGGCAGCGGCGCGAAAGGCGAACCGCUGCUGAAGGACAGGGCGGAGGGCCAUGGAGUCGUUCCCAGAUCAGCAUUUGAGGAAGAACCAGAAAAUACUCCCUCAACUUUGCUCAAAGAGCAUGCAAAAUAAGAACAAUAUGGCACACCGUAAUAUUGCCAUGGGAUUAUUCAUAAUGACUCUCUUAUCCUUGCUGGGUGACAGUUCAGCUUUCCUGUUGAAUCAGCGUCUGAAAGGAAGAUUUCAAAGGGACCGGCGGAAUAUCCGCCCAAAUAUCAUUCUUGUUCUUACUGAUGACCAGGAUGUAGAACUUGAACAUGGAUAAAGAGUCCUCCCCAUUACAGACCAAUUUCUUCCAGUGCAUCAUACCAUUUCUGGAUGACCUUCUGCAGACCU